UCUCAGGGAGUCAGAGGGACCCGCAGCCCACCCUGAGCAGAUGUUAAAGUUUACAUUUUAUCACUUUUCUUUUUCUGGUAAUAUGACAUUUUAAUCUGCGUUUCACCCUCGUGUGAACGAAUCAAAAAGGUGCGCUUUCAUAGCAACUUUGUGCGGACACGCAACUGCUGCGUUCAAGGAGCCUCCUUCCUGUCUGCAUCACCAUGGGGAUCAAAGCUGCACUUCCCAAAUAUGAGAUCUAUUUCUACAACACAGUGCUUUGUCUGGCCAUGUUCUGGGCUGCCAGCUGGAUCUUUGACGUGUCCAGUUCCAGUGCGAACAGAAAGACAUUCAGAUCCAGUGUGAAGCCAGGAUGGUACUACUUUGGGAGGAAAAUGGAUGUGGCUGAUUUUGAGUGGGUGAUGUGGUUUUCCACCUUCAGAGAGCACAUCCUGUUUGCUCUCUCUGGCCAUGUGCUGUUCGCUAAGAUCUGCUCCAUGUUGGCUCCACAGUACAGGUCCCUGGUGUACAUGGUGUACGGGCUGCUGGCCGUGUGGACCAGUAUGGGCUGGACCUACGUCACCCUCAUCCUGUCCCACUGUAUUCUGCUCUACAGCAUCUCUUUAGUGAAAAUCCGCUGGCUUUGCUUUGUCACCGGUCUCUGCACCCUCGCUACAUUCAAGUGUGAACCCUUCGUGUCCUGGCAGGCGGGUUUUGUAGAGGGAGACUUUGAGCUGCGUCACGUUCUCUUCUAUGGAGGCUGUGGGUUUACGAUCAUGCGCUGUAUGAGCUUUGCUCUGGAGAACUGCGAGAGGAAAGAUGGACACUACAACAUCCUGGAGCUGCUCAAGUACAACUUCUACCUCCCCUUUUUCUAUUUCGGGCCCAUUAUGACCUUUGACAAGUUUUAUGUUCAAGCCAACAAGUCAGACCUGACCAGGAAAGAGUGGGAGAUGUGGAACAUCAGCGUGCAGGGCCUGAUUCACCUGGGAGCCAUCAUAGUCGUGGACAUCCUCUUCCACUUCAUGUACAUCCUCACCAUCCCCACUGACCUGAAGCUGCUGAGGCAUGCCUCUGACUGGGCUCUGGUGGGCCUAGCUUACUUUAACCUGGUGUAUGACUGGGUGAAAGCAGCUGUCAUGUUUGGAGUCAUCAACACAGUGUCCAGAUUGGAUCACCUGGACCCACCUAAGCCACCAAAAUGCAUCACUAUGCUCUACGUAUUUGCUGAAACACAUUUUGACAGAGGGAUCAACGAUUGGCUGUGCAAGUACGUGUACGAUUACCUGGGUGGAAAACAUGACAACGUGGUGGAGGAGCUGAUCGCUACACUGUGCACCUUCGGCGUCACCAUCCUCUGGCUGGGACCCUGCGAGGUGGUGCUGAUCUGGGCUUUCUUCAACUGUUUCGGCCUCAACUUUGAGCUGUGGACUGCCAAGUUCUUCUCCAUGGAGCCUUUUGCUUCUUUCGAGACGGCGAUGACGGAAGCAGCGUCCCGCCGGAUCAGAGCCAUCUUCAAUACCUUUAACUUCUGGAGCAUUGUGUUGUACAACGUCCUGGCCUUGAACAGUUUGGACUUUGCCAAGUUGGUCGCAAAGCGUCUGCUUCUCAAAGGCUUCCCUGUAACCACCAUCAUCGUCAUGUUUGUGACCUACUGCCUGAUUCAAGUGAUUAAGGAGAGGGAGAGGAGGCAGGCCCUUAUCGAUGACCCCGAUCCCCUUCCUCCUGCUCCCCCUCCAAACGCUGCCACCCCCAGCACGACCAGCGAUGCAGCUGCACCUGCUGCUACACCCGCUGCUACACCCGCUGCAGAUCCUAGCAAAGAAAAAGCAGAGUAGAUAUUUGAUGUUCACUUCACUAACAGCGAUGGAUGUAUACAGCCAAGAGUAUUAACGUCAGUCUGCAUUUUAAAACAUAAAUUGUGAAUGGAUGCUCGUUGUCUGCUGAUGUAGAAAACAAAAUUAACUGUAAAUAAGUUUACCAUCAUUUAACUGUCUGUAUCUAAAAGGCAAAAACAGAGUACAUCUGUAAACUGUCCUGUAGCCUGUAGUGUAUACCAACACUGUAGGGACAUCAAAAGUAAAUUAACAUAUUUCUGAAACCUUUGUCACAACUGCAAAAAAAUAAACUUUAAAGAUUUGUUCAAA